AUGACAUCAACCACAUCGACCUUCCACCUUCCCAACACCCAGCCGCCCAUCCCCGUCACUCACCCAACAUCCCUCUCUCAAGACCAACUCCUGGCGUUUCCCGCUUUCAAGACCUGGCUCAAUACUCUACGCCACUCCCUCUCCCUCCAGCGGUCCUCGUCAACCCACCCUUUCCACAAUUCGCCCUACUCUCUCAAAUCAAUAGAGAUCCAGUCCUUCGACCUUUUCUCCGGCCAGCGUCUAGGCUUCCUGAAACUCAAAGCCCAAGUCAGCAACGACGAUGGCGAACAUCUCCCUGGCUCGAUUUUCAUGCGGGGCGGGAGUGUCGCCAUGCUCAUCAUCCUCACCCCGUCCGACAGCCCGCACGGCUCAGAUCAAGAGCCCGACACCUUGCCCACGCCGGAAGAAUACGCCAUUCUCACCCUCCAGCCGCGCAUCCCUGCCGGGUCGUUAUCCUUUGUCGAACUACCCGCGGGCAUGAUCGACGACAGCGGCACCUUCGCCGGCGCAGCAGCCCGAGAAGUUCGCGAAGAAACAGGGCUCGAAAUCUCCGCAGACGAGCUUAUCGACAUGACAUUGCUAGCUUCCCAAAUAGACGUGGACACGUCUGCCACUUCCUCGGAAGAAGAACAGCUUCAACCCGCGAUGUAUCCUUCCCCUGGAGGCAGCGACGAGUUCAUGCCCAUCUUCCUGGCUCGCAAAUCGUUGUCCACGCGUGCCAUUGAUGAGCUGAAGGGCAAGUUGACCGGGUUGAGGGAUCACGGCGAGAAAAUCACCCUGAAGAUCGUGCCGGUGCAGGAAGUGUGGAAGGUCGCGUGGCGGGAUGGGAAGACACUGGCGGCCAUGGCGAUGUAUGAGGGUCUACGAGCGGAGGGGAGGGUGUGA